CCGUGCUGGCCAGAUCGAUGGCCGCUGGGAGAGGUGCUCGUGGUGCCGGGGCCGCUGCUGCCUCAGACACUCGCAGGACGUGGGACGGAAGAGUGGGCGCCAGCGGGCGCCGAGCUGCACACCACGUGAGCGCCUCCGGCACAAGGGACCGAUGGCUGCGGCGAUGAGCGGCGUCAGCCUGAUGGAGGCCAUCUCGGCGCGGCUGCGGCGCACUGACGUCACGCUGGAGCGCGCCGACAGCGGCGCAGAGGUCAUCAAGCUGGAGCGAGCCGACAGCAGCGAUGGCGCGCUGUCGCUGACGGCCGGCGGCCCGGCCGAGCUGCGCUGGCACAACGCGCCGAUCGCCACUUACGUGGCCGAGCAGCGUCUGUUUCGGUGCGGCCAGUGCGCCGUCACCGCGUUCCUGGCCCGUCCGAUGGCCGAGCACUGGCUGGGCGCGCACGCCGACUUCAAGGCGUUCCAGUGUCCGCACUGUCCGUACAUGAGCUCGUGGCAGCGGUGCGUGCGCAUGCAUCUGGUGCGUCAUCACGGCGACCGGGUCUCGGAGGUGGCCGAGUUCAGCAACAGCCACGUGAUGGCCGACAUCCUCGAGCGGCUAUCCGAGCUGAAGCGCGACUCCGAGCUGCGCGCACCGCCGUCGCCGGCCGACGACGAGCCCAUCGUCGAGGAAUUGGUGAUCGACGACGGCGCCGGCGGCAAGCGGCACCACUGCCCGCACUGUCCGUACUCGACGCACCGGCGAGACCUCUUCAACCGACACGAGAACAUCCACAAGUCGGACAAGCCCUUCCAGUGCUACAUCUGCCAGAGGAUGUUCAACCGGGCCGACCAUGUGAAGAAGCACUUUCUCAGGAUCCACCGCGACGAGCCGUAUGAUGUGACGCGCAUUCGGCGCAUCCCGCCCAAGACGCUGACGGCGCAGGUGUACUACUCGCGAGCGGCGUCGCUCACCUCCGACUCACAGCCGCCGCGCUCCCCGGAGAAGCCGGUGGCGGUUGCGCCGUCCCCUCCUGCACUGCCACCACCGCCGCCGCCGCCGCCCGCUCCAACCCCUCCGCGCGAAGACGUCAAGCCGCUGGUGCUGAGCCCGAACCCGCGUGUCGGCGUGCGCCGCUGGGCCGUGUCGCCGCCCGACAGUCCGGCGCCCACCAAACGGGCCGCCUCGCCGUGCGCCGAACAGAAGGAGAACCGACGCCAGCGGCGCGCCGACUCGACGCCCAGCGAGUCUGACGCCUCCUCCGGCACAGAGGCCGCCGAGGCCCCGGAGCGCGCCAGCCGCCAGGGCGCGUUCGCCUGCCCCGAGUGCCCUUGGCGUGGAUUCGACUCGUGGUGUCUGAAGCGGCACAUGAACACACACACCAAGCCGUACACGUGUCCCCUGUGUCCGUACAAAGCUGCGCGCUCCGAGAGGCUCACCUGGCACGCCGCGAAAGUGCACGGCAAGAAGAUCUGCAUCAAGUGUUUCUUUGUCUGCGACGACCAGAUGACGCUGAGCGUCCACCAGUUGAGCACCCACCAGAACGGGCAGAGUCGGCAGGGCUUCACGUGCGUCAUGUGCGCCUACACGUUCAAGCUGCACACCGAGCUGGAGGCGCACAUGGUGGCCGAGCACGGGCGCGCCAUGCUCGACUGUUCCGUGUGUAUGUUCCGUACCACGGACCCGGCCGUGCUGACCGACCACGUUCGCUACAGCCACCAGCAGCGGCCGGGCGCGCAGCCGAGUCCGGCGCUUCCCGCCAGCGGCGGCAGCGCUGCGCCGCCCGUCAUCCUGAACGUGCCGUCCGUGCGCAGCGAGCCCACGUCAUCGCCGCCGCCGGAUAGCUCCGAGCCGGCGCCGCUCCCACCCCCACCCCCGCCCCCACCUCCACCGCCGUGCGAGGAGUGUCGCCAGGUGCGACCACCUCUGGUGUGCACCCACUCGGGCGGCACUCUGCGCUGUCAGGCGGCGCGGUGCCGUUUCGAGGCCGGCGACGCGGCCACCCUGCAGACGCACGUGUCGGCGCGUCACGCGGACGGCGCGCUGCGGUGCCCGCACUGCGCCGCGCCGCUCGGCUCGGUGCUCGAGUUCUGUCUGCACUGGCCGCUGCACCACGUGGCGCUGUGCUGGAGCUGCGCGCAGCUCACCGAGCAGCACUUCACCGUGCUGCAGCACGCGCCGCCGCCGGCCUCGGCAGCGGCCGACCAGGCCGACCCGGCCGCCAUCGACUGCGGCUCGUUCCUCCGACUGGAGAUGAGGACCGAAGAGGAGGAGGAGGAGGCGCUCUUCACCGGCGAGGAGGAGGAGGAGGAGGCGGCCGGCGGUGAGCGGGGCGCCGUCAAGAGGAGCCGCAAACAGCCGCGGCCACAGCGCCGGCCGUCGCCGGAAGCCGAGGACGGACAGCAGGAGAACGACAAAGAGUAGAGGCCGGUCGAUAAAACCGGUAGCAGCGAGAUGGGACGGCGAUGCGAGAGCGCAUGCAAGG